UUUGCGCCUCGCGGAUUCCUCCCGCGGCCGUGCGUCCUCCUCCUCCCGAGCAGGCAGCGGGCGCAUGAUGGCGGCUGCGGCGGCGGCAGGGAGCGCCAGCGGCGGCGGCAGCAGCGGCGGCGGCGGCGGCGGCAGCAGCAGCAGCGACACGUCCAGCACCGGGGAGGAGGAGCGGAUGCGGCGCCUCUUCCAGACGUGCGACGGCGACGGGGACGGAUACAUUAGCAGAAAUGACUUGUUGAUGGUCUGUCGCCAACUGAAUAUGGAGGAGUCUGUGGCUGAGAUCAUGAACCAGCUGGGUGCAGAUGAACAUGGGAAGAUUUCCUUUCAGGAUUUUACAAGGUGCCGCAUGCAGCUCGUCCGAGAAAUCAGGAAGGAGGAAGUAGGUCUUUCUGAGAAGUCAGACAACUCCUGUCAAAAGAAGAAGCUGCGGGAUAGAAUUGCGUCCUGGCCCACGAGCAGCGACAACAGUUUGGGUGCCCUAUCAGCAGCCAGGGAGAGCUGGGAGUACGACUCAGGAGCCAGGGACCUCCAGAGCCCGGACUUGCAGAGUCAUUGGGCCCUGCAGAAGCUUCUCGAGCACAGUGGACGCUCUUUGAGCCAGCAGGCUGCGGCCCUCCACACGCUGCGCACACAGUCCCGGCAUUUUGGCAGCUCUGGAGGAGGAAGUUAUCUGGAGCUGGCCAACACGACAGAUCAUCCAAAAGGAACUCAAGUGUCAUCGAUCCUCUCCUGGGAGAUACAUCACCUAGGGCAAAUUGACUCCUAUCACAGGAAAGAAGUCGUCCUCACACCUGGACAGACUUCAUCACAAACUGCCAUUCCUCCUGUCUUCUCCAGCCAUUCAUUACAUCUCCAGAGAAACUGGGAGCAGGUGGUGUGGUGUGAAGCUCUUCCGACUUUUACAAACAAGCUCCACUUGGCAGCCCUGGCAUCACUCAAGGGAGAUAUAGUGGAACUUAAUAAACGUCUGCAGCAAACGGAGCGGGAACGAGACCUUCUGGAAAAGAAAUUAGCCAAGGCACAGUGUGAGCAGUCCCACCUCAUGAGAGAACAUGAGGACGUCCAGGAGCGGACGACGCUUCGGUACGAGGAGCGCAUCACGGAACUCCACAGCAUCAUUGCUGAGCUCAAUAAGAAGAUAGACCGUUUGCAAGGCACCACCAUCAGGGAGGAAGAUGAGUACUCGGAACUGCGAUCAGAACUCAGCCAGAGUCAACAUGAGGUCAAUGAAGACUCUCGAAGCAUGGACCAAGACGAGACCUCUGUCUCCAUCCCCGAAAACCAAUCCACCAUGGUCACUGCUGACAUGGAUAAUUGCAGUGACCUGAACUCUGAGCUGCAGAGGGUGCUGACGGGGUUGGAGAAUGUCGUCUGCUGCAGGAAGAAGAGCAGCUGCAGCCUCUCCGUGGCCGAGGUGGACAGGCACAUCGAGCAGCUCACCACGGCCAGUGAACACUGUGACUUGGCCAUCAAGACAGUCGAGGAGAUUGAAGGGGUACUUGGCCGGGACCUGUAUCCCAACCUGGCUGAAGAGCGGUCUCGUUGGGAGAAGGAGCUGGCCGGGCUGAGGGAAGAGAAUGAGAGCCUGACCGCCAUGCUGUGCAGCAAAGAGGAGGAGCUGAACAGGACCAAGGCCACCAUGAACGCCAUCCGGGAGGAGCGGGACCGGCUCCGAAGGCGGGUUCGAGAGCUUCAAACACGACUACAGAGCGUGCAGGCCACGGGGCCCUCCAGCCCUGGCCGCCUCACUUCAGCCAACCGCCCAGUCAACCCCAGCACUGGGGAGCUGAGCACGAGCAGCAGCAGCAAUGACAUUCCCAUUGCCAAGAUUGCUGAGAGGGUGAAGCUCUCGAAGACCAGGUCCGAGUCUUCAUCAUCAGAUCGGCCGGUCUUGGGAUCAGAAAUCAGUAGCAUAGGGGUAUCCAGCAGUGUGGCGGAACACCUGGCCCACUCUCUUCAGGACUGCUCCAACAUCCAGGAGAUCUUCCAGACGCUCUACUCACACGGAUCUGCCAUCUCGGAAAGCAAAAUUCGAGAGUUUGAGGUGGAAACGGAACGGUUGAAUAGCCGCAUCGAACACCUCAAAUCCCAAAAUGAUCUCCUGACCAUAACCCUGGAAGAAUGCAAAAGCAACGCGGAGAGGAUGAGCAUGCUGGUGGGAAAGUACGAAUCCAACGCCACCGCACUGAGGCUAGCCCUGCAGUACAGUGAGCAGUGCAUUGAAGCCUACGAACUCCUCCUGGCACUGGCGGAGAGCGAGCAGAGCCUCAUCCUGGGGCAGUUCCGGGCGGCCGGUGUGGGGUCCUCCCCUGGAGACCAGUCAGGGGAUGAGAACAUCACUCAGAUGCUCAAGCGUGCUCACGACUGCCGGAAGACAGCUGAGAAUGCGGCCAAGGCCCUGCUCAUGAAGCUGGACGGCAGCUGCGGGGGCGCAUUCGCCGUGGCCGGCUGCAGUGUGCAACCCUGGGAGAGCCUCUCCUCCAACAGCCACACCAGCACAACUAGCUCCACGGCCAGUAGCUGCGACACGGAGUUCACUAAGGAAGACGAGCAGAGGCUGAAGGACUACAUCCAGCAGCUCCGGAAUGACAGGGCCGCGGUCAAGCUGACCAUGCUGGAGCUGGAGAGCAUCCACAUCGACCCCCUCAGCUACGACGUGAAGCCCCGGGGGGACAGCCAGCGGCUGGAUCUGGAGAACGCCGUGCUGAUGCAGGAGCUGAUGGCCAUGAAGGAGGAGAUGGCCGAGCUGAAGGCCCAGCUCUACCUCCUGGAGAAGGAGAAGAAGGCCCUGGAGCUGAAGCUGAGCACGCGGGAGGCCCAGGAGCAGGCCUAUCUGGUGCACAUCGAGCACCUGAAGUCCGAGGUGGAGGAACAGAAGGAGCAGCGCAUGCGCUCCCUGAGCUCCACCAGCAGCGGUGGCAAGGAGAAGCCUGGCAAGGACUGUGCGGAUGCCACCUCCCCAGCUCUGUCACUGGCUGAACUGAGGACAACGUGCAGCGACAGCGAGCUGGCUGCCGAGUUCGCCAACGCCAUCCGUAGAGAAAAGAAGUUAAAGGCCAGAGUUCAAGAGUUGGUGAGCGCUUUGGAAAGACUCACCAAGAGCAGUGAAAUCCGACACCAGCAAUCAGCAGAGUUCGUUAAUGACCUGAAGCGGGCCAACAGCAACCUGGUGGCUGCCUAUGAAAAAGCCAAGAAGAAGCAUCAGAACAAACUGAAGAAGUUGGAGUCUCAGAUGAUGGCCAUGGUGGAGAGACAUGAGACCCAGGUGAGGAUGCUCAAGCAAAGAAUAGCUCUGCUGGAGGAGGAGAAUUCAAGGCCACACACCAACGAGACUUCACUUUAAUCGGCACUUGGGCUCCAAAGCUCUGUGGAAGCUCAACUGGAGCAGGUCACCGGCGAGAGAAGAGCCCUGGGAGACAGAGCACCUGGUGGGAGAGGGACGGAAGGGAAGGCUGGCAGGUGGGUGAGCACCUGCACGAUGGAGUACCAUGGACUCUGCUCCGGGGACGAAUGGCCUGGUGACCCCCUGCAGACUCUAGCCGGAGGAUCCCGCUCCUCCCUUUCUGGGCCCGGGGACAGCGUGUAUAUAGCUGCUGUGCGCCCUGCGCGGUAGGCCUUGCUUCUGCUUCCAGCGCGGGCACGCUCCCUCCCACCUGUUCGCUUUCUGGAGGUUGUGCCUCGGUGGUACCCUGGGCAUUCAUUUGUUUUGGAUCGUCCGUUCUUCUCUUUUUGGCAGUGACCGGCCCUCUGUCAUCCCGUUCCUCCUUUCUUUCUACUUCAGGGAUAAACACGGACACAUGUGGGAGUGCGGAGGGGAUCUUCGGCCUCUCGAACUGCUGAUUUGCUUUACUGCACCAGGCUUUGGUUUUCGAGACCCAAGUACCAGCUCUGAGACACAGGCCGUCACUCAGAGGGGCUGGGAGAGGUCGACUACAGCGGAGGGUACUCAGGCUUAGGGUCCCAGGUGCAUCUGAAGUUACAGGUAGAGCAAGCCCUACCGGAACAAAUCUGUUUGGGAGAAUGAGCACUUCUUUUACCUCUCUCCGUGGAGGAAGGGCUGCGAAGGGCACUUCCUUCUGAAUGUGGGAUUUUCCCUCCCAGUGGAGUCUUAUUAAAGCCCAGACUUAGAGCUGAGACAUCGAGUGGAACUAAACUUUUGUCAGGAGCUGCUUCAAGAGCGGAGGAGCACUGUUAGUACUUCUGCUCCCCACCCCUCGAGGGCACCCCAUAACUGCCAUUCCACAUCCAUCAAAAUUCAUCCACCUGAUAUGUACGGAGCCCUGGACCUGCCUCUGUUCUUCUCCAAGGGCAAGAGGCAGGACACCGAGCAGAAUGUUUGGCGGCCGAUCCCACCCCACCUAUUUAAGAGGCGGCUACUGAACCACCAGUUCAAGACUUCGCUCCUGCUGUUACGAAGGGAAGGGGGUGAAGGAAGGGUCGUCGAGGCCUCCUUUUGCCCACAUCCCCCGCCCCAAAGUGGUGGUUAGUAUACGGUACUUAAACAGGUUAAAUUUUAAGUAAAAUGCUGACAAGGCUGGGCCAGGACCAAAGUGCCUGAAUUCUUUCAGGAAGGCCUCCAUCUUAUACUCAUUAUUCCAUCUCCUGUCUUUCAAGUCUUCUUAGUUACCCCACAUGGAUAUAUUCUGAAGGACCACUUGCAUUUCACUCUGUAGUACUGGAAGAUCCACCCGAAGCCCCCCGAGAAUUCUAUCCCAAUGCCAGAGUUCACAAAGUUUUAGGAACAGGUCACCCCAUCAGAGUCCCAACAUCCAUGAGCUGAAGAUCUGUUUUCAGACAACCUGAUACAAGUUCCUCAGCCUUCUUUGCAAUGGAGAAGCCACUCCAACCACCACCUUGGAGGGCAGAGCAAUUCCAGCCCAAAAGCAACCACCCUUCUUUCUUAGGCCCACAGUGAGGCUUUCCCAAAAACACCACCAAAAACCAAAAAAACUGUUACCAGGCUGGAAGGACCAGCUUUUGGCUGCUUUGAUCACUGUGAAAGUGCCCACUGGCUCCUGAUUCUGUUAUGAAUCUACCAUUUAGUCAAGGUUGGUUCUUGUGAUUUUUUUUUUUUUAAUCGAUUUUUACUCUUUGGAUAAAGUUUCAUUUUGUCAUAAGGAAAAUGUGACUGAAGUUCUAUGGGGGGGGGGGGAGGGUGUUUAAAAGACAAAAUACUGGUUUUCCCCAUUUUUCCAAGGGGAAGUAUUUGAGACUGAACAUUCAAAACAGACAGCUUUCAUCUUCACCAACCCUGAGAAGUAUAGCUGACACAUGAACAUAAUCCUGUCUGCUGACUUCUGUCUCAUUCUUGGUCCAAGUUCAAAGAAAACUCACCCUUUUUAGGGUCAUGUAACUCUUCCAGGCCCAAGAGGUCUCUUCUCCUCCAUUAUAAGCCCAAGUAUUACUGACCCUACCUGGCCUCCUUUCAAAUUUAUACUUCAACAUAAUACUUUUAAAUAUGUGGUGAUUGGGUGAAAACUCUUUCCCCAGAAAAACUGUUACUUUUUAUAAAUACGUGGAAUAAAAAAAAAAAAAAGCAAUUAAAUAGUUGAUUUCCUUUCCUUGUAUUUUUCAAAUGCUCCCUAAGAGAAGAUCCUUGCUGAAGGUGAACCAAGAGGCAUUCAUUCAUGCUAAACGUAAAACCACACUAAUUAAAUAAUUGCAGGUACCUGAAUUUUUUUUUUUUUAUAACCUGAGUUUCUCUUUCUAAAUAGUAACUGGUUUAAUCUCUCCAUCAAAGGUAAACAAUGAUACAGAUUUAACUUGUAUGAGGUGGAAAGUCUUCAGACUUCCAUAUUUUUGUUUCCCACUUCCCGCAAUGGUUACCCCUUUCAGGCAGUCACCUUCUCUGCCCCAUCUUUGGCUCUUAGCGAAAAAGGCAUGGGAAGAAAGGAUCCCUUUCACAGUUCCCCUGGAGUGUAUUUCCCACUGCUGAAUUAAGGUAAAAACCACAGGCAAAGCAGACUUCCGUCCCGCUGGAGUGGCAUCUACAUGUGGACCUGCCGGCAGAUGUGACGUUCUGCCAAAGCCCAUCUGCACCAGCUGCCAACGCUGCUGUGGACUCGCAGGCGGUAAGACUCCUCUUGGAGACUAAGCCCGAAAAUUAUUGAUGAUUAAGUAUCUUAAGUGAUCAGACAGCUGAGAUUUAUCAUGCCCUUCCUUCCUCUCCUGCUCCAGCCCCAGAGGUAUCCUAGACGUUUCAUCAUUGCCAGUGCAAGUAACUGUUUCAGAUUCAUGCUCAUCUACAAGCAGGUCAGCUUUCUGAAGUUAAUAUCCAAGCUGCCUGAAGCUGGAAUGUUAGGUGAAUAAAAACUUAAGUGCCAGUUAAAGAGAAUGGCUUAAUAUCUCCUUUGAGAUGCUUGCAUUUGUUGCUGUCUUCCUCUGAGCCUGCAGCAAUACUUUCACGGGGAUCUCAGAGAACUUCAAAUUAGAGCAUUAACAUUCUCACUACUCUAGGAAGGCAGUCCAAAUUAGAGCCGCUAUUUCUUCUUAAAAACUGUUAAAGUAGUAAAAUCCUUACUAGCCUCAUCCUAAGAAAAACUUAAAACUGUAUGAAAAUCUCCUAGUUCCUACCUGCAUACCAAUUACAUUUUUUUAAAAGAAAAAACAUACCCCCAUAGUUUUACCUCACCUGGACUGGAAUAUGCCACUGGCAUGAGUUAGGAACCUCAUAGCUGCCUGUUCCCUUCCAAAGGUGUUCCCACGGCCUGCUCACAUUAUCCUGCAAUUAUUUUUAAGCUCUAUCAAUUGUCUUUAAGCUCUCAAGAGUUUGGGGUGUCAUGCUCAUAUUUUUAGUAAGACAUUCAGACUACAGAAAACACCCAAAGGAUCCCUAAAACUUUCAAGCCAUUUGCAAACGCCUAACUGGAAGCUAUGUGUCGUCCAUGAAACUAUGUAAAGCGAAAAGAUCAUGGGAAGGUUAUAGCUGUACCUGUAUUUCUAGAUGCAGCUGAGAGAACAUUUUUGGAGGCCGAAAGGGAGAGAAUUUUUUGAUGAGUGAAAUUUCUGCAUUGAAUUGAGUUAGGGUGCAGCCACAGGGUUGCCAAGGUUUUCUGGGAGGGAAGGGAAGAUUAGUAACGUUUUUGAGAUUUUUUUUUUUUUCUGCAUUAAGUGAUAGCUUUGUAGAACAAGAGCAUUAA